AUGGAGGGUGAGGGUGAGGAUGGGAAGGAAGGCUGGGUGCGGUAUUUGAAGAAAUAUGUCGAUGCGUGGCGGGAGGGCCUACAUGAUAUCAUCACACAACUCUCGACUAUAAUAUCUUCCUCACUCCUUCCCCUUCCACCUCCUUUCCGCCUUCCACCGCCUCGUCCUUACCUCCUCCCCACCCUCCAUCUCUCCCUCCCGCACAUCGCACACGAUGCUUCAGCACUCACGAGCAUGUUGGACCAGCUGACGUAUUGCGCAACGUCCUUCGCCCGCUUCGGGCUUGAUUUUCAGGGUGUGCUGGGCCUGAUAUUCGAGGAUUUUGUGGGGGGGAACGUCGAGUCUGCGCUGAAGAGCGCGACGGAUACGUUUGUGCGGGUCGUGGAGAGGGAGACUCGGCUGAGAAGGGGAGGAGGUUGCCGAGCGAAUGGUUAAUCUCAACAAGUCCCCUAGGGUUCGUACAACUCCCGCCUUCCGCCUCGCCCAACAUCCUAGAGGGAACACCGGCACACAUCCACCCGCGCUCACGGUCUUCGUGAACGCGAUGUUGACGACGUUUAAUUCGUUGCGAUUAUUGGCGCCGGUUGUGUUAGGGCCGGGAUGGAGGAUGAUGAAUUGGCGAGGAGUGGGUGGAGAUCCGAGUGAAGAAACGGAAGCAGAGACGGAGACGGAGAAGGAAAGGGAGGAAAACGACAGGGAGGGAUUGAUGCUUAGAAGGGUAGGCGAGGUUUCGGUACACGUCGUCGUUCCCUUUUUGAGGCGGAUUCCUUUGGCUUCCGUCUUACCUUCGGACGCAAUGGAUAAGGAGAGUGCGGACGGGGAUGGGCGUGGUACCCUUGGCUUGGAAUGAUUUCGCAGCUCUCUUAUGAGUGACUUUGUCCCCGACCGUGCUCUGGCAACAGAUUGACGAGUCUUGUCAGAAUGUCUCGUUGGACGCCUGCGCAGGCAACUUCAUCUUUGCCACAGGUUUCCAUUCUACGGGGUUCAAUUUUUAUAAUCUCCAGAAUGUUCCUUCAUGACGCCUUGCUCUCUUCGUUCCUCUUAUUAACUUGGAAAUAGUAUGUCUUCUGAGUGCAUUCGUCUCCGACCGAUUUCGCUGGAAACAAAGUGAUGUGUCGUGUCAGCGCCUGCGCAGACCGGCAAAUUUCCGUCAAAGGGUUUCCAUUCUACGGGGCUCAAUUUUUUUGAAUCUUCAUAAUUUCCUUUGUAGCCCCUGAGCGUGAACGGCACCGUAUGCUCCAGACUACGCCCGAGGGGCCUUCUGCGACUUGGC